AUGAGAUCCAAUAAACCGCUAGCCAGUGAAAUAGAUACUGUAAGGAUCGCCGCAUACUGUAAUGAACACCCUUUUGCAUGCUACAGUAACCAGAAAGACCAGAACAUUCAAUGUGAUAUUAUAGUAGAAGACAGUCGAUACCUGAAAGACCCUUAUUCUCUGCCAUUAAGGGAUCGACUCAGUUGGCACUUAAAACAAUUUUGUGACAAGACCAGUAGUCAUGGAGUACCAUGGAUACUAGGUGCACCAAAUGGAAUCUACCGGUAACUUUUUAAAUGCAAACUUUUGCAUUGAAUUAUAUUAUGUAUUAUAGGUUGUGUUACUAUUAAUCUUUAAAUUAUGUUUUUCAGCACGAUUUGGGGAUUUUUACUUCUCUUUUGUUUGGUUAUGUUCGUAUUACAAGCCAACAGCGUCAUUGCCAAGUACAGUAGAAACGAAAAGAUCACAAGCAUCGAAUUGAAGUUUGAGACAGGUAAGGCUUUCAUUUAAAUAGGUAGCAACACAGUUAUUUUAAGCGCCGUUCCCAGCCAUAACACUAUGUAACCUAAAUCCAUAUAAAGAAUCUCUCCUAAAGGACGUCGAGGCCAUCAAAAAGAUUGUAAGGAAUAUCAAAAUAAAUUCAAAACAACUUUGUGAAGUUGAAAACUCAUUAAACUAUUUAUAACUACUUAAUCAAAUUUCAGUUAGAAGUAUACCACAAUGUCCUAGACCAAGCAGGCAAGACCAAUCGAGAGAAGAAACCUUCAGUAAGCAAACCCAAACGUUUCCUGGAUUCUGUGAUGAAUUCAGAAGUCAAACGACAAAAGCGUGAAGAACAUCAUGGCUUCGAAGCUGCUUUCUCAAAGUGCGAUUGUGAAGAAAACGAAGGCGUGUUAGAGUAGGUAUACCUAGAGAUACAGCAAGUCAAACCCCUUUUGUCAUGUAAAUAACUAAAAAUGGAUUCAAGAUUAACCUAAAACACCUUCAGAUGUGAGCCAUCAGUAAAGGAUGAGCCAUUAUCAUCAGCUGAUAAGUGUAUGUGUGCCUUUGACCGCCAAACAGAAGACGCUUGGCCAUGCUAUCCACGAAAACACUGGAAUCCGGAGACCUGUGGCUUCUGCGACGAGACCGGACAUUGUCAUCUGAAGCCGAAAGAAGGAUCGCCAUCUGAGAAAAAGAAGUGUCUCUGCCAGAACAUCGAACCGUUUUGUAUGCCAUUCACUCCAGAAGAAGACGUCCUCAAACUAUGGGAAUACUAUGGCCAGGUCCCUUCUGGAGGUGUAGAUGAAGAAGCUAUCAUCGAGGCUCUUGGAUUCAAAGUAAUAUUUUGAUCCAAAAUAACAUAAUAUAUAAAAAUUAUGAUAUAAUAACAUUUGUCAAUAAUUAAGAGCAAAAGAUAAAACAUUUUAGAAUAUGACAGACGAGGUAGCAAUAGUAACAAAAGCCCGGGAGAAUAUUAUCUUUGCCAUGGCAGAGUUGAGCGAGAAACAACGAGAAGCCUUGUCAAUUCAGAAACACCAACUUAUUCACAAAUGCAGUUUUAAUGGACAAGCUUGCGAUAUAGACAGGUCAGAACAACAUACUGGACAUCAACUAUUGUUUUAGAGACUUCAUAAGCGCUGCAGAUCCAACUUUUGGCAAUUGUUUCGUGUUUAACCACAACAGAAGUGACACCAAAGUCAGUGUAAGAGCUGGUGCUAACUACGGUGAGUGGCUUUGACUAUAGGUUAAAAUACCACAAAGUUCGGCUCGAGCUCGAGAGAUUUUUUCUAUCAAAACCAUCGAGAAAAACAUGACUCGAGCAACAAAGAAAGAGACUUGACUCGAAACAAAAAUUUGUCACUAGUUUUCUCUUCGCCGUCCGCUUUGAAGGAUUCUUUGUCAAAAUAUUUUGUUAUAGGUCUAAGAGUGCUGGUUUUUGUAAAUACUACCGAGUAUUUACCGACUACAGAAGCUGUUGGAGUACGAUUGACGAUUCACGAUGCAGACGAGUAUCCUUUCCCGGAAACCUCUGGCUACAGCGCUCCUACUGGCUACAUUUCUUCGUUUGGAGUUCAAUUGGCCAGGAUUUCUCGAUUGCCAGAGCCGUACGGGAAGUGUGUACCUGAUGGGGUAGAUCAGAAGUACAUCUACCAGGGAUACAAGUAUUCAUUAGAGGUAAGUUUUAUGCAGAACAAAUUCUCUAUUUUCUUACAGUUUAUCUUCAAAAAUUGCUAACUUCAAAUUAUAAUAACAUAAGGAAAUAUGAUUGGUAGCAUGUUAUUCAGGGCUGUUACCGGACCUGUUUCCAAGACGAAGCUGUAGCACGUUGUGGCUGUGGAGAUCCACGCUUUCCGGUCAUUAACGCCUCUCACUGUCAAGUGUUUGAUCCUGAAGCACGAAAAUGUUUGGAAAGGAUUGCGCACGAAGCCAGCGUGAUGGAUCCAGAGGCCAUGAAGUGUACUUGUGAUCAACCUUGUGAACAACCGUCGUAUCAAUUGUCUUAUUCUUGCGCCAAUUGGCCAAGCACGUCUUUAAACAUUUCGGUGGGAAAGUGUAAUCUGCCUCCAGGAGAAUGUAACGAGUACUAUGCGGAGAAUGGUGCUAUGGUCGAGGUGUUCUACGAAGCGUUAAACUACGAAGUGCUGAGUGAAACUGAGGCUUAUGGGGUGAGUGUUUAAUAUAAACUAAAUGACCCACGGUGAAACUAUGGAGAUAAUGUUUUUAUUGAGAAUUGUAAUUUGAUAUUAUACUUAGUUUUUACAAGUUGUAAAGAUAAAUCUCGUUAAGCUAGUCAAGAUGAUGGCUGACUUUGGUGGCCAACUCGGGCUGUGGUCGGGCGUCAGUGUGAUGACCUGUUGCGAGUUCUUCUUCUUGGUGAUGGAGGUGAUGUUUAUGUUGUUGGACCACCAUCGUCGUGUGGUCCACAAAAAGCUGACUGUGCGGAGGCUUCGAGGCGACUGGGACUUUUAA